AUGACAUUGUAGAAUACUUGGAUCCCCAAAAGAAAAGUAAUAGUAGAUGAAAUAAUUUAAUCAAGAUUGCAGUAAUUAUUUGAGUAUAUCAUAGCCAUUUUACAGCAAAACAGGUUCAGGCUAUGUGUAAACCUCCAAGACUUAGACCUAGUCUAUUCAGAAAUAGCCAUCUGUCUUAUUAGGCUUCUGUUUAGGUACACUUGACCAUAUGGUAUUAAUACUGCUAACAUGCUGAGCACCCUGUCUGUUGGUAUUAAUACUGCUAACAUGCUGAGUCUCCCUGUCUGUUGGUAUUAAUACUGCUAACAUACUGAGCACCCUGUCUGUUGGUAUUAAUACUGCUAACAUGCUGAGUCUCCCUGUCUGUUGGUAUUAAUACUGCUAACAUGCUGAGCACCCUGUCUGUUGGUAUUAAUACUGCUAACAUGCUGAGUCUCCCUGUCUGUUGGUAUUAAUACUGCUAACAUGCUGAGUCUCCCUGUCUGUUGGUAUUAAUACUGCUAACAUGCUGAGUCUCCCUGUCUGUUGGUAUUAAUACUGCUAACAUGCUGAGCACCCUGUCUGUUGGUAUUAAUACUGCUAACAUGCUGAGCACCCUGUCUGUUGGUAUUAAUACUGCUAACAUGCUGAGUCUCCCUGUCUGUUGGUAUUAAUACUGCUAACAUGCUGAGUCUCCCUGUCUGUUGGUAUUAAUACUGCUAACAUGCUGAGUCUCCCUGUCUGUUGGUAUUAAUACUGCUAACAUGCUGAGUCUCCCUGCCUGUUGGUAUUAAUACUGCUAACAUGCUGAGUCUCCCUGCCUGUUGGUAUUAAUACUGCUAACAUGCUGAGUCCCCUGUCUGUUGGUAUUAAUACUGCUAACAUGCUGAGUCUCCCUGCCUGUUGGUAUUAAUACUGCUGGCCCCUGUUGGUAUUAAUACUGCUAACAUGCUGAGUCUCCUGUCUGUUGGUAUUAAUACUGCUAACAUUCUGAGUCUCCCUGCCUUGUUGGUAUUAAUUACUGCUAACAUGCUGAGUCUCCCUGUCUGUUGGUAUUAAUACUGCUAACAUGCUGAGUCUCCCUGUCUGUUGGUAUUAAUACUGCUAACAUGCUGAGUCUCCCUGUCUGUUGGUAUUAAUACUGCUAACAUGCUGAGUCUCCCGGUCUGUUGGUAUUAAUACUGCUAACAUUGCUGAGUCUCCCUGUCUGUUGGUAUUAAUACUGGCUAACAUGCUGAGUCUCCCUGCCUGUUGGUAUUAAUACUGCUAACAUGCUGAGUCUCCCUGUCUGUUGGUAUUAAUACUGCUAACAUGCUGAGUCUCCCUGCCUGUUGGUAUUAAUACUGCUAACAUGCUGAGUCUCCUGGUCCUGUUGGUAUUAAUAAUGCUAACAUGUAUUAAUACUGCUACACAUGCUGAGCACCCUGUCUGUUGGUAUUAAUACUGCUAACAUGCUGAGUCUCCCUGUCUGUUGGUAUUAAUACUGCUAACAUGCUGAGCACCCUGUCUGUUGGUAUUAAUACUGCUAACAUGCUGAGUCUCCCUGUCUGUUGGUAUUAAUACUGCUAACAUGCUGAGCACCCUGUCUGUUGGUAUUAAUACUGCUAACAUGCUGAGUCUCCCUGUCUGUUGGUAUUAAUACUGCUAACAUGCUGAGUCUCCCUGUCUGUUGGGUAUUAUACUGCUAACAUGCUGAGCACCCUGUCUGUUGGUAUUAAUACUGCUAACAUGCUGAGCACCCUGUCUGUUGGUAUUAAUACUGCUAACAUGCUGAGUCUCCCUGUCUGUUGGUAUUAAUACUGCUAACAUGCUGAGUCUCCCUGUCUGUUGGUAUUAAUACUGCUAACAUGCUGAGUCUCCCUGUCUGUUGGUAUUAAUACUGCUAACAUGCUGAGUCUCCCUGUCUGUUGGUAUUAAUAAUGCUACAUGGUGAGUCUCCCUGUGCUAACAUGCUGAGCACCCUGUCUGUUGGUAUUAAUACUGCUAACAUGCUGAGUCUCCCUGCCUGUUGGUAUUAAUACUGCUAACAUGCUGAGUCUCCCUGUCUGUUGGUAUUAAUACUGCUAACAUGCUGAGUCUCCCUGUCUGUUGGUAUUAAUACUGCUAACAUGCAGUCAUCCCUGUGUCUGUUGGUACAGGUGGUAUCUCUCCCAUACCCAUGGAACUACAGCCUGCAGUCUCUGCUCAGUCUCAGGCCCUGUCCAGAAACAGCCCCUAUCCCCCAGAUCUGAAUUAGUUAGAAAAGUAAGCUAUAUGGACGCAAUAUGGCAGUAACUCCACUUUUUCCUCUGAUAGGUUAGAUGGAAUGUUAGCCAUAUUGCUAAGGUUUAACUAUAGCAUUCUUGUCCUCACAGAUCCUCACCAGUACCCUGGGUAAAGCCUAGAGGUUUGUGUUUUGGAUGGGGUUUCAGUCUCAGAGCUGUGGUAGCUAGGACACUGUACUGUACUGAGGGGGUUCAAACCAGGAGGUUUUUUAAGAAUUUGCCCAGGAGAGGAGAGGGGGAAAAAACAACUCAUGGAUGGAUAAAAUACCCCACAUGUUUAGGUGGUUACGUUUUCCCAGGCUCUGUACAGCCUGACCCUGUCAGUGUUGACACCACAUUCUUGAGUAUAGGCCUAGUGUUUGUUUAUGAGUAAGUCCCAAAUGACACCCUAUUCCCUAUAUAGUGCACUACUUUUGAUCAGACAUACCAAACAGUGGUCCUUUGUAGCUCAGUUGAUAGAGCAUGGCAAUGCCAGGGUAGUGGGUUCGAUUCCUGGGACCACCCAUAUGUAAAAUACAGUGGCUUGCAAAAUAUUUUUUAUUGUGAAACAAACAAGAAAUAAGACAAAAAAAACAGAACUUGAGCGUGCAUAACUAUUUACCCCCCCCCAAAGUCAAUACUUUGUAGAGCCACCAUUUGCAGCAAUUACAACUGCAAGUCUCGGGUAUUUCUCUAUAAGCUUGGCACAUCUAGCCACUGGGAUUUUUGCCCAUUCUUCAAGGCAAAACUGCUCCUUCAAGUUGGAUUGGUUCCGCUGGUGUACAGCAAUCUUUAAGUCAUACCACAGAUUCUCAAUUGGAUUGAGGUCUGGGCUUUGACCAGGCCAUUCCAAGACAUUUAAAUGUUUCCCCUUAAACCACUCAAGUGUUGCUUUAGCAGUAUGCUUAGGGUUAUUGUCCUGCUGGAAGGUGAACCUCCGUCCCAGUCUCAAAUCUCUGGAAGACUGAAACAGGUUUCCCUCAAGAAUUUCCCCGUAUUUAGCGCCAUCCAUCAUUCCUUCAAUUCUGACCAGUUUCCCAGUCCCUGCCGAUGAAAAACAUCCCCACAGCAUGAUGCUGCCACCACCAUGCUUCACUGUGGGGAUGGAGUUCUGGGUGUGAUGAGAGGUGUUGGGUUUGCGCCAGACAUAGCGUUUACCUUGAUGGUCAAAAAGCUCAAUUUGAGUGUCAUCUGACCAGAGUACCUUCUUCCAUAUGUUUGGGGAGUCUCCCACAUGCCUUUUGGCGAACACCAAACGUUUUGCUUAUUUUUUUCUUUAAGAAGUGGAUUUUUUCUGGCCACCCUUCCGUAAAGCCCAGCUCUGUGGAGUGUAUGGCUUAAAGUGGUCCUAUGGACAGAUACUCCAAUCUCCGCUGUGGAGCUUUGCAGCUCCUUCAGGGUUAUCUUUGGUCUCUUUGUUGCCUCUCUGAUUAAUGCCCUCCUUGCCUGGUCCGUGAGUUUUGGUGGGCGGCCCUCUCUUGGCAGGUUUGUUGUGGUGCCAUAUUCUUUCCAUUUUUUAAUAAUGGAUUUAAUGGUGCUCCGUCGGAUGUUCAAAGUUUCGGAUAUUUUUUUAUAACCCAACCCUGAUCUGUACUUCUCCAGAACUUUGUCCCUGACCUGUUUGGAGAGCACCUUGGUCUUCAUGGUGCCGCUUGCUUGGUGGUGCCCCUUGCUUAGUGGUGUUGCAGACUCUGGGGCCUUUCAGAACAGGUGUAUAUAUACUGAGAUCAUGUGACAGAUCAUGUGACACUUAAAUAAAGUCACCUGUGUGCAAUCUAACUAAUGAUGUGACUUCUGAAGGUAAUUGGUUGCACCAGAUCUUAUUUAGGGUCUUCAUAGCAAAGGGGGUGAAUACAUAUCCAUGCACCACUUUUCUGUAAAAAGACAUUGUGUAUUUUUUUUAACAAGGAAUCUUUUUAAUUUCACUUCACCAAUUUUGACUAUUUUGUGUAUGUCCAUUACAUGAAAUCCAAAUUUAAAAUCCAUUUAAAUUACAGGUUGUAAUGCAACAAAAUAGGAAAAGCGCCAAGGGGGAUGAAUACUUUUGCAAGGCGCUGUAUAUGCACUCAGGGUCUGCUAAAUGGAGUAUGUUAUUAAAUUAUUUUAUAGCACUAACAGAUCUUGGACCAGGCUAACAUAUCUGGCUGUCAAAUUAGUAUACCAUGCCCUAUGCUCAUGCACAUGAACCAACCCUUCUAAUUCAAUUCAAUGGAGCCACCUGACUGAAUGAAUGGCAUGGAAAGUCUGCAUUCAUUCAGCUCUAGCAUGGCAUUGGCCUUUGUCAUGACGGAUGAGUCAGGGGCCAUGCAGGACCAUUCUAGUUCCAUUACAGCUAUGACCAGACAGACAGUAAGUUCUGUUUUAUGUCUAUGGUCAGACAGUAAGUUCUAGUUGCUUUACGUCUAUGGCCAAACAGUUAAUAGACUGAUAAACAGCCACAUGGGACAAGAGAAAGUGCUAUGCUACAAUCCAGGAGUCCAGACCUUUCAGCUAGGCCUAUCUGUAGAUAUUACUGGACUGUAUUACUAGGUUGUAUCUAGCACAUAGUGUGGGUCAGCAAGUCUGGACACAGUCCAGUGAGUCUGAAUAUAGACUGAAUACAGACUGGACUGAGGUCUGAUAUAGUUUUAAGACAGAGACAGUACCUCAUGUCUGAUAAAGCUUUAUGACCUCAGCAGGUCUGAUAGAGCUUUUUGACAGAGACAGUACCUCAUGUCUGAUAAAGCUUUAUGACCUCAGCAGGUCUGAUAGUUUUAUGACCUCAGCAGAUGUUUGUCAUUAGAGGAUACAGAAGGCUCCUAAAGGCCUGCUGCUGUUCCAUGUGUUCUGAGACGGGUGAGAGGUCAAGGGGUCUGGUGACAGGAUAUUAUGAGUUAAGAGACUAGGUGGGUUCAGACAUGUUCCACUGACCACACAGGAUAGGCCUAGGUCUGAAUGUCCAGGUGAUGUUACUCCCAGACAUUAGUACCACAAUUGAUCAUAAAACAACAGUCUCUCCCGUGUGUCCUCCAGCUACCAUGAGGAGCUGGUGGAGUUGCAGGAGAGACCGUGUGGCUGUGUGUAACAGUCCUCUCUCUCCCAUGUGUUUCCCAGUUACCAUGAGGCCCAGGAGGAGUUGCUGGAGUUCCAGGAAGGGAGCAGAGAGCUGGAGGCAGAGUUAGAGGCUCAGCUAGGACAGGCUGAACACCGCCUCAGAGACCUGCACACAGAGAACCAAAGACUGAAGAGCGAGUUGGACAACCUCAAGGUAACAUACGCAAGAACGGACACACACACACACACACACACACACACAGAGGGGUUAGAACCAAACACUGAAGUGCGAGCUGGACAACCUCAAGGUAAAUGUUGUACCUCUUGGUGUUGGAAUUGAACAAAUAUGUGAAACGGUUGGGGAUUCAGUUCAGCAAACACUGUUCCUGUGGAUUCGGUUUGGUAAACACUGUUCCUGUGGAUUCGGUUUGGUAAACACUGUUCCUGUGGAUUUGGUUUGGUAAACACUGUUCCUGAGGAUUUGGUUUGGCAAACACUGGAUUACAGGAACGGAAUAUCAGUUAAUGUCACCCAUUCACCAGGGACUGGAAACAGGGCUCAACAACCACAUCUGGAUGAGUGAGUGAUAUAUAUAUAUAUAUAUAUAUAUAUAUAUAUAUAUAUAUAUAUAUAUAUACACACAUAUACAUACAUACAUACAUACAUACAGUGGGGAAAAAAUGUAUUUAGUCAGCCAUCAAUUCUGCAAGUUCUCCCACUUAAAAAGAUGAGAGAGGCCUGUAAUUUUCAUCAUAGGUACACGUCAACUAUGACAGACAAAAUGAGGAAAAAAAAUCCAGAAAAUCACAUUGUAGGAUUUUUUAUGAAUUUAUUUGCAAAUUAUGGUGGAAAAUAAGUAUUUGGUCAAUAACGAAAGUUUCUCAAUACUUUGUUAUAUACCCUUUGUUGGCAAUGACACAGGUCAAACGUUUUCUGUAAGUCUUCACAAGGUUUUCACACACUGUUGCUGGUAUUAUGGCCCAUUCCUCCAUGCAGAUCUCCUCUAGAGCAGUGAUGUUUUGGGUUUGUCGCUGGGCAACAUGGACUUUCAACUCCCUCCAAUGAUUUUCUAUGGGGUUGAGAUCUGGAGACUGGCUAGGCCACUCCAGGACCUUGAAAUGCUUCUUACGAAGCCACUCCUUCGUUGCCCGAGCGGUGUGUUUGGGAUCAUUGUCAUGCUGAAAGACCCAGCCACAUUUCAUCUUCAAUGCCCUUGCUGAUGGAAGGAGGUUUUCACUCAAAAUCUCACGAUACAUGGCCCCAUUCAUUCUUUCCUUUACACGGAUCAGUCGUCCUGGUCCCUUUGCAGAAAAACAGUCCCAAAGCAUGAUGUUUCCACCCCCAUGCUUCACAGUAGGUAUGGUGUUCUUUGGAUGCAACUCAGCAUUCUUUGCCCUCCAAACACGACGAGUUGGGUUUUUACCAAAAAGUUAUAUUUUGGUUUCAUCUGACCAUAUGACAUUCUCCCAAUCCUCUUUUGGAUCAUCCAAAUGCACUCUAGCAAACUUCAGACGGGCUUGGACAUGUACUGGCUUAAGCAGGGGAACACGUCUGGCACUGCAUGAUUUGAGUCCCUGGCGGCGUAGUGUGUUACUGAUGGUAGGCUUUGUUACUUUGGUCCCAGCUUUCUGCAGGUCAUUCACUAGGUCCCCCCGUGUGGUUCUGGGAUUUUUGCUCACCGUUCUUGUGAUCAUUUUGACCCCACGGGGUGAGAUCUUGCGUGGAGCCCCAGAUCGAGGGAGAUUAUCAGUGGUCUUGUAUGUCUUCCAUUUCCUAAUAAUUGCUCCCACAGUUGAUUUCUUCAAACCAAGCUGCUUACCUAUUGCAGAUUCAGUCUUCCCAGCCUGGUGCAGGUCUACAAUUUAGUUUCUGGUGUCCUUUGACAGCUCUUUCGUCUUGGCCAUAGUGGAGUUUGGAGUGUGACUGUUUGAGGUUGUGGACAUGUGUCUUUUAUACUGAUAACAAGUUCAAACAGGUGCCAUUAAUACAGGUAACGAUUGGAGGACAGAGAAGCCUCUUAAAAAAGAAGUUACAGGUCUGUGAGAGCCAGAAAUCUUGCUUGUUUGUAGGUGACAAAAUACUUAUUUUCCACCAUCAUUUGCAAAUAAAUUCAUUAAAAAUCCUACAAUGUGAUUUUCUGGAUUUUUUUUCCUCAAUUUGUCUGUCAUAGUUGACAUGUACCUAUGAUGAAAAUUACAGGCCUCUCUCAUCUUUUUAAGUGGGAGAACUUGCACAAUUGGUGGCUGACUAAAUACUUUUUUUCCCCACUGUACAUACAUACAUACACACACACACACACACACACACACACACACACACACACAGUGGUGUGAAAAAGUGUUUGCCUGAUUUCUUAUUUAUUUGCAUGUUUGUCACACUUAAAUGUUUCAGAUCAUCAAACAAAUUUAAAUAUUAGUCAAAGAUAACACAAGUAAACACAAAAUGCAGUUUUGAAAUUAAGGUUGUUAUUAUUAUUAAGGGAAAACAAAAUCCAAACCCACAUGGCCCUGUGUGAAAAAGUGAUUGCCCCCUACAACCUAAUAACUGGUUGGGCCACCCUUAGCAGCAACAACUGCAAUCAAGCGUUUGCGAUAACUUGCAAUGAGUCUUUUACAGCGCUGUGGAGGAAUUUUGGCCCACUCAUCUUUGCAGAAUUGUUGUAAUUCAGCCACAUUGGAGGGUUUUCGAGCAUGAACUGCCUUUUUAAGGUCAUGCCACAGCAUCUCAAUAGGAUUCAGGUCAGGACUUUGACUAGGCCACUCCAAAGUCUUCAUUUAGUUUUUCUUCAGCCAUUCAGAGGUGGACUUGCUGGUGUGUUUUGGAUCAUUGUCCUGCUGCAGAACCCAAGUUCUCUUCAGCUUGAGGUCACGAACAGAUAGCCGGACAUUCUCCUUCAGGAUUUUUUGGUACAGCAGAAUUCAUGGUUCCAUUUAUCACAGCAAGUCUUCCAGGUCCUGAAGCAGCAAAACAGGCCCAGACCAUCACACUACCACCACCAUGUUUUACUGUUGGUAUGAUGUUGUUUUUCUGAAAUGCAGUGUUACUUUUACGCCAGAUGUAAUGGGACACACACCUUCCAAAAAGUUCAACUUUUGUCUCGUCAGUCCACAGAGUAUUUUCCCCAAAGGUCUUGGGGAUCAUCAAGAUGUUUUCUGGCAAAAAUGAGACGAGCCUUAAUGUUAUUUUUGCUCAGCAGUGGUUUUCGUCUUGGAACUCUGCCAUGCAGGCCAUUUUUGCCCAGUCUCUUUCUUAUGGUGGAGUCAUGAACACUGACCUUAACUGAGGCAAGUGAGGGCUGCAGCUCUUUGGAUGUUGUUGUGGGGUCUUUUGUGACCUCUUGGAUGAGUCGUCGCUGCGCUCUUGGGGUAAUUUUGGUCGGCCGGCCACUCCUGGGAAGGUUCACCACUGUUCCAUGUUUUUGCCAUUUGUGGAUAAUGGCUCUCACUGUGGUUCGCUGGAGUCCCAAAGCUUUAGAAAUGGCUUUAUAACCUUUUCCAGACUGAUGGAUCUCAAUUACUUUCUUUCUCAUUUGUUCCUGAAUUUCUUUGGAUCUCGGCAUGAUGUCUAGCUUUUGAGGAUCUUUUGGUCUACUUCACUUUGUCAGGCAGGUCCUAUUUAAGUGAUUCCUUGAUUGAGAACAGGUGUGGCAGUAAUCAGGCCUGGGUGUGGCUAGAGGAAUUGAACUCAGGUGUGAUAAACCACAGUUGAGUUGUGUUAUAACAGGGGGGCAAACACUUUUUCACACAGGGCCAUGUAGGUUUGGAUUUUGUUUUCCCUUAAUAAUAACAACCUUCAUUUCAAAACUGCAUUUUGUGUUUACUUGUGUUAUCUUUGACUAAUAUUUACAUUUGUUUGAUCUGAAACAUUGAAGUGUGACAAACAUGCAAACAAAUAACAAAUCAGGAAGGGGGCAAACACUUUUUCACACCACUGUAUAUAUAUAUAGUUGGCUGUCCAGCAGUUCCAUGCCUUGGCCUAAUCCCCAGGCCGUUCAGCAGUACACUGUAAUAGGAUGACAACUAGAGGGAUGUUUAACCCACACUGCUAAUGCUAGCCAGGUAUAUCACUGCUUAUAUCACUAGUGCUAGCCAGGUAUAUCACUGCUUAUAUCACUAGUGCUAGCCAGGUAUAUUACUGCUUAUAUCACUAGUGCUAGCCAGGUAUAUCACUGCUUAUAUCACUAGUGCUAGCCAGGUAUAUUACUGCUUAUAUCACUAGUGCUAGCCAGGUAUAUUACUGCUUAUAUCACUAGUGCUAGCCAGGUAUAUUACUGCUUAUAUCACUAGUGCUAGCCAGGUAUAUCACUGCUUAUAUCACUAGUGCUAGCCAGGUAUAUUACUGCUUAUAUCACUAGUGCUAGCCAGGUAUAUUACUGCUUAUAUCACUAGUGCUAGCCAGGUAUAUCACUGCUUAUAUCACUAGUGCUAGCCAGGUAUAUCACUGCUUAUAUCACUAGUGCUAGCCAGGUAUAUUACUGCUUAUAUCACUAGUGCUAGCCAGGUAUAUCACUGCUUAUAUCACUAGUGCUAGCCAGGUAUAUUACUGCUUAUAUCACUAGUGCUAGCCAGGUAUAUCACUGCUUAUAUCACUAGUGCUAGCCAGGUAUAUUACUGCUUAUAUCACUAGUGCUAGCCAGGUAUAUUACUGCUUAUAUCACUAGUGCUAGCCAGGUAUAUUACUGCUUAUAUCACUAGUGCUAGCCAGGUAUAUUACUGCUUAUAUCACUAGUGCUAGCCAGGUAUAUUACUGCUUAUAUCACUAGUGCUAGCCAGGUAUAUUACUGCUUAUAUCACUAGUGCUAGCCAGGUAUAUCACUGCUUAUAUCACUAGUGCUAGCCAGGUAUAUCACUGCUUAUAUCACUAGUGCUAGCCAGGUAUAUUACUGCUUAUAUCACUAGUGCUAGCCAGGUAUAUCACUGCUUAUAUCACUAGUGCUAGCCAGGUAUAUUACUGCUUAUAUCACUAGUGCUAGCCAGGUAUAUCACUGCUUAUAUCACUAGUGCUAGCCAGGUAUAUUACUGCUUAUAUCACUAGUGCUAGCCAGGUAUAUUACUGCUUAUAUCACUAGUGCUAGCCAGGUAUAUUACUGCUUAUAUCACUAGUGCUAGCCAGGUAUAUUACUGCUUAUAUCACUAGUGCUAGCCAGGUAUAUUACUGCUUAUAUCACUAGUGCUAGCCAGGUAUAUCACUGCUUAUAUCACUAGUGCUAGCCAGGUAUAUCACUGCUUAUAUCACUAGUGCUAGCCAGGUAUAUUACUGCUUAUAUCACUAGUGCUAGCCAGGUAUAUUACUGCUUAUCAUCACUAGUGCUAGCCAGGUAUAUUAUUAUACUAGUGCUAGCCAAGGUAUAUCACUGCUUAUAUCACUAGUGCUAGCCAGGUAUAUUCACUGCUUAUAUCACUAGUGCUAGCCAGGUAUAUUACUGCUUAUAUCACUAGUGCUAGCCAGGUUAUCUACUGCUUAUAUCACUAGUGCUAGCCAGGUAUAUACUGCUUAUAUCACUAGUGCUAGCCAGGUAUAUUACUGCUUAUAUUCACUAGUGCUAGCAGGUAUAUUACUACUUAUAUCACUAGUGCUAGCCAGGUAUAUCACUGCUUAUAUCACUAGUAUAUACUUAUCAGGCUAGCCAGGUAUAUUACUGCUUAUAUCACUAGUGCUAGCCAGGUAUAUUACUGCUUAUAUCACUAGUGCUAGCCAGGUAUAUUACUACUUAUAUCACUAGUGCUAGCCAGGUAUAUUACUGCUUAUAUCACUAGUGCUAGCCAGGUAUAUCACUGCUUAUAUCACUAGUGCUAGCCAGGUAUAUUACUGCUUAUAUCACUAGUGCUAGCCAGGUAUAUUACUGCUUAUAUCACUAGUGCUAGCCAGGUAUAUUACUGCUUAUAUCACUAGUGCUAGCCAGGUAUAUCACUGCUUAUAUCACUAGUGCUAGCCAGGUAUAUUACUGCUUAUAUCACUAGUGCUAGCCAGGUAUAUUACUGCUUAUAUCACUAGUGCUAGCCAGGUAUAUUACUGCUUAUAUCACUAGUGCUAGCCAGGUAUAUCACUGCUUAUAUCACUAGUGCUAGCCAGGUAUAUUACUGCUUAUAUCACUAGUGCUAGCCAGGUAUAUCACUGCUUAUAUCACUAGUGCUAGCCAGGUAUAUUACUGCUUAUAUCACUAGUGCUAGCCAGGUAUAUCCUGCUUAUAUCACUAGUGCUAGCCAGGUAUAUCACUGCUUAUAUCACUAGUGCUAGCCAGGUAUAUCACUGCUUAUAUCACUAGUGCUAGCCAGGUAUAUCACUGCUUAUAUCACUAGUGCUAGCCAGGUAUAUCACUGCUUAUAUCACUAGUGCUAGCCAGGUAUAUCACUGCUUAUAUCACUAGUGCUAGCCAGGUAUAUCACUGCUUAUAUCACUAGUGCUAGCCAGGUAUAUCAUGCUUAUAUCACUAGUGCUAGCCAGGUAUAUUACUGCUUAUAUCACUAGUGCUAGCCAGGUAUAUCACUGCUUAUAUCACUAGUGCUAGCCAGGUAUAUUACUGCUUAUAUCACUAGUGCUAGCCAGGUAUAUAUCACUGCUUAUAUCACUAGUGCUAGCCAGGUAUAUCACUGCUUAUAUCACUAAUGCUAGCCAGGUAUAUCACUGCUUAUAUCACUAGUGCUAGCCAGGUAUAUCACUGCUUAUAUCACUAGUGCUAGCCAGGUAUAUCACUGACCAGGAUGUAUAUCGCUGAGAUAAAAGAACACAGAGCUAUGGUUAACAUGAUGCUAACCAGGAUGUAUAUCACUGAGUUAAUAGAACAUGAUGCUAACCAGGAUGUAUAUCACUGAGAUAAUGGAACAUGAUGCUAACCAGGAUGUAUAUCACUGAGAUAAUGGAACAUGAUGCUAACCAGGAUGUAUAUCACUGAGAUAAUGGAACAUGAUGCUAACCAGGAUGUAUAUCACUGAGAUAAUAGAACACAUGCUUCUUUAUGACGAGGUGCUGUCUUUCAUGACCAUUUUCUUCUGUCCGUGGGAUAACCAUAUUCAUGUGUGGUAGACAGACAGCCGUUGUGUUAGACUACAUAUGGCAGCAACAUGUGAAUGUGCAGUAGACUAGAGAAGCUAAUGUCCUAGAGCUAAAGUUCUAUGAAUGGGCCUGGGAGGACUGGGAUUCAUGCGAGGGGGCUGUAGACUACAGUCAUGGGCAAAAGUUUUGAGAAUGACACAAAUACUAAUUUUCACAGUCUGCUGCCUCAGUUUUGAUGGAUGUGGCCCAGAAGUUAAUUGACAGCAUGCCAGGGCGGAUUGCAGAGGUCUUGAAAAAGAAGGGUCAACACUGCAAAUAUUUACUCUUUGCAUAAACUUAAUGUAAUUGUCAAUAAAAGCCUUUGACACUUAUGGAAUGCUUGUAAUUAUACUUCAGUAUAUACCAUAGUAACAUCUGACAAAAAAUAUCGCAUAACACUGAAGCAGCGAACUUUGCGAAGACUAAUACUUGUGUCAUUCUCAAAACUUUUGACCACGACUGUAGAGAAGCUAAUGUCCUAGAGCUAAAGUUCUAUGAAUGGGCCUGGGAGGACUGUGGGAUUCAUGUGAGGGGGCUGUAGCUUGUUCUCCUGAAUGAUGGGCCUGUCUUGAGCUGAGGCAUGUAGCUAGGCCAGCUGUGCUGUUGACCCUUGACCCAGACCUCAGGCUGGCCUGAUUCUGACACCUAUGAGCCAUACUUCACCCCUCGCCAGAGAACAAAGGAGUUGGAGUUCUAGAAUCUAUGAACACUAUGAGAAAGAAUGUUAACUAGCAGUCUGUUUGUGUUAGCAUUAAGAAAGUUGGCAUGUCAACGCUCUCCCUUCCUGUCACCUCAGUCUUUAAUGCAACCAUCUCCACACGCACUCAUUCUCUCUCCCCCUCUCUCUCCCCCCGUAGGAGAAAUUGGAGCAGCAGUAUGCUCAGAGUUAUAAGCAGGUCUCCAUGUUAGAGGAUGACCUGGGACAGACCAGAGGAAUCAAGGAGCACCUUCAUAAAUACGUCAGAGAACUGGAGCAGGCCAACGAUGACCUGGAGAGAGCCAAGAGGUCACUAUAUACCAUAGUAGAACUAAACUAACCUUACUAACGCAGCCAUUCAAAUGUUUUACUUGACUUCAAGCCUAGGUUGUAGGCUAAGUGGAUUUAACUUUGUGUUGUUAACUAAAUGAAAGCAUGUUGACUGGUAGCUGUGUCUCAGUAUUCAGAGAGUGUCUCCACUUAGUGUUAACCCAGUUAUCCAACCCACACAGAUACUGUACUUUUUUAGCUGCUUCUGCUACUAACAGUUGUCCACCCCAACCCCUCUCCUCCUCUCCUCUCCUCCUCCUCUCCUCUCCUCCCUCCUCCUCCCUCCCCCUCUCCUCCCUCCCUCAGGGCGACCAUUGUAUCUCUGGAGGACUUUGAGGGUCGUCUGAACCAGGCCAUAGAGAGGAAUGCCUUCCUGGAGGGUGAACUGGACGAGAAGGAGAACCUACUGGAGUCAGUUCAGAGACUGAAGGAUGAAGCCAGAGGUACGGACGGGGACAACCCCUAACUGUACCCUACCUUCCCCUAACUCCCUGUCCCCUACUAAUCAAGGGCUUGAUGAUUAGUUGAAUCCGAUGUACUGAUAUAUAUGAAAUAAGUGGAACUGCUGGCUGGUACUUGAGGAGAGGGUUGGGAAACACUGCCCUAUCCAUUUGGUUGAAUCCUGUCUGUAUUGGUGUGUCUGAUGCCCCAGCCCUGAGACAGAGGACUCCAGACAGAAUGUCAUGUCUGUAAUCAUGUCAGUAUUGGUGCUUGUAUCUCAUUUCUGUCUAUCUGUCCCCCCCCAGACCUGAGACAGGAGAUGGCAGUGAGGGAGAGGACUACAGACAGGUUGUCAGCCCCCAGCUCUCCUACCCUGGACAUCGACAAGUUGGACUCUGCUGUCCAGGCCUCCCUGUCCCUGCCUGCCACCCCUGUAGGGAAGGGAAUGGAACACCCCUUCCUCAACCCUAAAUCAUCAGGUAGGUCAACAGCCAUGUCUUCUAACAGACCUGGGUGGAAAUAGUAUUAGUUUUCUUUCAAAUACUUUACAUGUGCUUUACAUUUACAUGUUAGGCAUUUAGCAGACGCUCUUAUCCAGAGCGACUUACAGGAGCAAUUAGGGUUAAGUGCCUUGCUCAAGGGCACAUCGACAGAUUUUUCACCUAGUCGGCUCGGGAAUUAGAACCAGCAACUUUUCGGUUACUGGCACAACGCUCUUAACCACUAAGCUACCUGCACCCGGCAAGCUUUAUUGAGCUUGCCGGGUGCAAUGGAACCAAUGGAAGAGUCUCAAAAGUCACUCCAGGCAGUCUCAAUUAAAUGCUCAAAGUGUUUUGAAAGUAUAUAAAUACUAUUUGAACCCAGGUCUGUUUUUUAGUUCCUUAACUUUUGGAGCUGUACCUCCAUGUGAAACAGUUUCUAUGUCUCUGUCAUGCUAAAUACUGUCUCUUUGAACCCAGGUCUUUACCUCCAUGUGAAACAGUUUCUAUGUCUCUGUCAUAUGCUAAAUACUGUCUCUCCCCCCCCCUCUCUCUCUCUCUAUCUCUCUACAGUGUUAACAAAUGGCUGUGGGCAUGGUAGCUCACCUCUGACCCCAUCAGCAAGAAUCUCUGCUCUUAAUAUCGUUGGGGACCUACUUAGAAAAGUGGGGGUAAAUAUCAGACCUUUGUUUCUUGUAGCAAUGUUUUCCAAUGCCAUUGUUAUGCAUCCAUCCUCUAUGAAGCUAAUGUUGGCAACAAAACAUUAACACUCUUCUUGAGUGAACCCGACAGUUUGGCUUCCAUCUCUUCUCUUGACUUGACAGCAGAGUAUAUUUGAAAUAUAUCCUGAAUUAAAGGUUAAAGGUUACAACAGAAUCCUCAGCUUGUGAUUAGUCUAAUGUAGGCCAUGUUUGUCUGUCGUUAGGCGCUGGAGUCCAAGCUAGCUGCAUGUAGGAACUUUGCCAAGGACCAGGCAGUGAGGAAAACCUACUCCACGUCAUCCACCAACAUGAUCACUGGGAAAGGAAACCUCAUCAACAGCAACGCCACCAAGUUCUCCCACUCACUACACACCACCUACUACGACAAAACGUGAGUUCCCUCUCUCAGGAGUAUUCCCACUGUUCCAUCUAUCUCUCGGAGUUGCUCUCUCUCUCAGGAGUAUUCCCACUGUUCCAUCUCUCUCGGAGUUGCUCUCUCUCAGGAGUAUUCCGACUGUUCCAUCUAUCUCUCGGAGUUGCUCUCUCUCUCAGGAGUAUUCCCACUGUUCCGUCUAUCUCUGAGUUGUUCUCUCUCGUAGGAGUAUUCCCACUGUUCCAUCGAUCUCUCGGAGUUGCUCUCUCAGGAGUAUUCCCACUGUUCCAUCUAUCUCGGAGUUGUUCUCUCUCGUAGGAGUAUUCCCACUGUUCCAUCGAUCUCUCGGAGUUGCUCUCUCUCUCAGGAGUAUUCCCACUGUUCCAUCGAUCUCUCGGAGUUGCUCUCUCUCUCUCAGGAGUAUUCCCACUGUUCCAUCGAUCUCUCGGAGUUGCUCUCUCUCUCUCUCAGGAGUAUUCCCACUGUUCCAUCUAUCUCGGAGUUGUUCUCUCUCUCAGGAGUAUUCCCACUGUUCCAUCGAUCUCUCUGCUUGACUUCCUGUCUGCAGUGUUAGUGUGACUCACUCAGAGACAGUAUAAGAAGUGAGAGGCUGAAUAGACUCUAGCUCUAUAUCAUUUUUAACCAGAGUUGGUCUAAACAGAGUAUGUAGAGAAUACCCAAAUAGCUUUCUAUUUGAUAUUGUGAAUGAACUAACCUCUGUCCUCUUGCUUUCUCUGUGUCUGUGUUCCAUGUCUGUGGUGUUCAUAUGUCUGGUGUUGGUGUUGUCGCCCACAGGGCUGUGAAUGGACUGGACCACAGCACCCUGACUGCCCUGGCGUCGCCCCGGACUGUCUCCCCUCCUGGCAUGCUGCCUCUCACCGUUUAGCGUGGCACCACCCCCAACCUCACCCCAACCUCUGGACAAGCUCACCACAGAACAAGGGUACCCCUCAUCCCUCACCCCAAUCUCUGCCCAAGCUCCUGUGCGCCCCACAGAACAAUGAGAGGAGAGAACACUUGAAGAACCGUUUGUGUGUGUGUGUGUGUGUGU